CGACGCAUCGCAGCUAACUUGACUGUGUGCGGUUAGUCGUCAACAUGAUGUGGCACAUCGUUCGGCGGCCACAAUAACUUUAAGUUUUUUCGUAAAUCUGCCGAUCUUGUCGGCACGAAACAAUUAUGUAAUAUAAAUCUCGAUUAGUUAAUGCAUCGUACACCGAACCCGUUUUAAACGCAAAAUAGUACAAACACGCGAAAACCGUUGCCGAAACACCGAGUUUUUAUAAACGACGACAAUUCAGACACACACACACACACAACAAACGACGACCAAAAACAAGCGUAUCCCUCGUUUUAUCGGAUUUACUCAAAGGCUGUGCUACACAUCGUAAACAAAAAACAUAAAAAUUUAAUAAAAAACGAAACGAAGAAUGGAACCGGUGCCCGAAUUCGAGGAGCUGAUGCUGUGCGGCUACUGCAAGCAGAAAUUCAACGACUCCGACCAGAGCCCCAAACUGCUAUCGUGCAAACACUACUUCUGCCUCCAAUGCAUGCGCACCAACCUGAACAAGGGCCAGGAGCUGUACUGCGUGUACUGCUGGAAGCGCACCGAAAUCGGCGACCUGGGGCCCGAGUCGCUCCCGACCUACGCCCCCGUGCUCUGCCUCACGAAGAACUUCUCGCAGAUGAAGCUGGGCCCCAAGCCCCCGGACAAACCCGCCAAAGUCAUAUCGGAGAAUUGCCACACGCACGCCAUGCCCCUGGCGCUCUGGUGCCACACGUGCUGCGCCCCCGUGUGCCGCGCCUGCGCCACCACCAGCGACCAUUCCACCCACCAAAUCAAAUCGCAGAACGAAGCCAAGGAGCAGCUCGUCGCCGAGCUGCAGGUCGACCUCGCGUCGAUGAAUAAAAUGCUCUCGGAGAUCCAGAGGCUUGCGAUACAACAGCGCGAAUUCUUGCUGAAAAUACUCGAAGCCUGCGUUACGCUAAAGACGCACGUCGAGGCCGAUUUGACCAACAAUGCGUCGCACUUUGAACUGACCGAAACCAGAGACACUUUAGCCAAACUACGACUGAACCUAUCCAUGGCUGAGAACCUAACCGAAGUCCACAACCUCUACUCGAGUGUCUCCGUCGAGAAACAAAGACUACAGUUACGGUACCAAGAAAUGUACCUCCAAUGCCAACUCGAUGACUUGAUCCGGAACUCGACCGUGAUCUUCGAUUUCCAACUACUCAAGCAGGCUUUGAGCAACAUCCACAACGGCGAGAUGGCAUUCCCGGGGAACUCCCGAAUCCUCCCGCCUUCGCAGCAAAACCCGAUACUUUUCCUUGCAAACUAUUGCAUGUCCCAACUUUACUCGCGUCACGUUUUAACCAAACAAACCGUCAACGGAAGUCUCGAUUACCACAACCAUAAUACCAUCCCCCCUGUUAACUACCACCCCCAACAUUUAGUCCUAACCACGCCGAAAAACAUCUACCAGGAGAACAAUCUAAUGAUGCAAAGCGUUAUACACUCGCCACAAAUGCGCAACCCAGCCAAUAUGUGCCCCCUUUACUACUUCAACAUCGAGGUGAAUGGGGCGUCCGUUGGCCGGAUUGUUAUCGAAGUGCGAGCGGAUGUGGCACCGAAAAUGGCCAAAAAUUUCGGCCUAUUGACGACAGGCGAGGCCGGAAUGGGGUACAAAGGAUGCCAGAUUUUCCAAUGUUGGGAGGGGGAGAGUGUGAUAACGGGGGAUUUUGAGCUGAAUAAUGGACGAGGGGGGCGUUCGAUUUUCGAAGACUCUUAUUUUUUGCCAGAUGAUACCAAGUUGAUGGCCGUGAGGGGGACGGUGGGCAUGAGGCGGACACAGAAACGACACGACAAUUUAGGAAUGGUGGGGUCGCAGUUCCGGAUCAUAUUGCAGGAGAUGCGGGGGUUCACUGGUAUUUUCGGGCACGUGAUCGAAGGCCUCGAAUUGGUGGAAAAGAUCAGUACGUAUGGGGACACGGCCGGAAAACCGACCAAAAACAUACUUAUCGCAAAAUGCGGCAAAUUAUAAUCGGCUUGAAUCGAAACACUUGAUGUCUAAUCAAACUUUGCUUAAAGAAAAAAACACAAAAAAAUCAUAUAUCUAGAUGUUUUAUAUGUAGCUUCAAGCAACAGUGCGUAGUUGAUCACGAGAUGAAAACGUAAUGAUACCGUCUUAGCUUAAUAGUACUAUCGAAUUCCGAAAUAACUAUAUUUUCGUAUCGUAUCAAAUAUCGUAUAUAAAAAAUGAAAAGUACGCGAUAUUUUUUAUUGUUGUCGUUUUUCAGCAAGGGACGUUUUUAGCUUAAUAAGUGUCUAUGUUAUGUUUGUUUCCUGGUGCGGUAGAAAUGUUAAAGAUUACAGAGUUUAAAAAAAAUCCCGGAACGUCAGGAAUUGCACUUGGCUUUUUUUGGUACCUUAUAGACUUAGUUUCGAACCGAAAUCUGGUUUGGGUUCAUCGGACGUGAAGAAAUCUCCCUGUUUUUUAGUGUUUUUCAUUAUAUUACAUGAAUAUAACUAGAUUAAGUACGGUAAUUCGGUAAAUUGUUAAUUUGGCAAUUUGUACGUUCAAACCGAUCAGCUCGAUCGACUGUGGUCGGUUUCAACGCACAAGCUCCCAAUUUGGUCCUAGUUUUAAGUUAAUUAAUUAGUCGCAACCGGGUAUAUUUAUCGAAGAUUAAUAUAACAUGCUAGAUCGCUGUCAAUGUUAUGAUAUAAAAAUCAUUUGAAAAAAGAGGCAAAUAAAAUCUAUAUUUUUAACGUU